AUGCUUAAUGCUAACCUGACUGGUUACUUCCCCAAGUUUUAAUAUGUCAAGGAUGAGUCCACUGCUAACUCUAAGGCCAUUUUAGAGUUACAAAAUUAAAUGAUUGAAAUGAAGGAGAUUACCGCUAAUAUGUCUCUAAAUAGUAAUCCCUCAAAAUCGAGCAUUACUACAGCUGGAAUACAACAAGGUGACAUGACUUAUUAACUUAAAUUAGUACAAAAUGAUGUGGCUAUGAUUAAGGAUCUUUUAAUGAAUUCAUCAGUGAGCAGUCCAUUAGGAGCACAAACUAGAAAUACAUCACCUGUUAAUGUAAAUCCAACUGCUAAAAAGUCGCUUCCUUUAGGAAACAUAUCUGGAGCUUAGAUAAAAAGUCUUAAUCAGCCAGCACCAUCUACCCCAAUGAAUGCAGGGGAAAUCACUUUAAAAAUCUAAAAGCUAAAUGAGGCAGUGAAUGAUAUUGGUUCUCGUAUACAAUUCUUCGCAUCUCAGGAGGCAGUUGAAAAGACCAAUUAAUCCUUACAGGACUUCAUAAAUUAUUGCGACGUUUAAAAGAUAUAUUCAGAGAUGACAUCAUUAGCUAAGAUUCAUGAAUUGCAUUCAGUUGAGUUUUAACUAAAUGAGCGACUUUAGAUUGUAGAAAAAUAUUACUCGAAGAGCGAGGAUGUAAUUCUUGCCAUUAAUACUCUGAGAUCCGAUGUUUUCCACUCUGUUGACUCUAAGCUUUCGAUUAACGACUUCAUUCAAAGAUUGAAUAGAUAUGAUUAAGACAUUAGUUUGAAGGUAAAGACUGUGGGCGAUGAGCACAGUGCCUUGGAACGAAAAGUUAAUCGAAUUGAUAGUGAUGUGAAAACUUCAAUCAGACAAGACAUUCAUAGAAUGUAGCAGGAUUUGAAAACCAAGACUAACCUAGAGGAAACCUUAAGAAUUUGGAAGCACUUUCAUACUUAUGCUGAGUACACAGAUCUUAAAGAAUUAUACCAAAAAACAAUUCCUGAAAUCAAAAAAUUUGAGGAUUUACUCUUAGAACUUACAAAUGAGAAUAAAAGGACUUAGGAAAUAGUAGCGAGAUUUGAUGAAAUAAUGACUGAAAAAGCAUCGAAGUAAAACAUCAGAGAGAUCUAUUCUAAACUGGAAGAAUACUUAACUAUUGAAAAGUUUGAUGACUAUAAAAAGGAGAUUGAUGAUGAAUAAGAAGCACUUACAUAAAGGUAGGAUCAUUUGGAAGAAACUUUAGAUUUAUUAAGCUAGAACAUUACGAAGGAUAUCAUUUUGGCAGUGAAGAGAGCAACCUCACAUCUCAAUAAUAGAAAGAAUAGUAUUGGUUAAUCAAUGACUAUGACUGAGGAAGAACUAAGAAACCUUAUAGAAUCAAAAGCUGACCAGAAAGACCUUGUGAACCUUAACAAUAAGAAGACUAAUAAGACUGAUACAGAAAAUGUUAUUAAAUGGAUAGAAAUACUUUAGAAAUAGAUAAAAUAAAUGUCUGUAAUUUAAACAGAAACUGCCUCUGCAAUGGUAAAGAAACAUAACGAGACUGAACUUUAGAGAAACAAUAAAUUGGAUUUUAUUACUAGUUAAAGUGCAAAGAUAAGUUCAUGGCAAUCUCCAAGAAACAAUGAGGAACAAUAAAUUUAAUAAGAUCUGAUGGCAAUAGAAAAGUUCAAUUAAAAUCACAUCAUAAAUCAAUCUGGAGAUAUUACUAGGCAGCUUUCAAAGUAAACUAUUGUCAAAAAAUCCUAAAAGUUAAGGCCUUUUAAAGCUCUUAUUUCACCAAAUGAUAUGAGCAGUAGAAAUGUUGAAAGACUCUAGGCUAAAUCUCAAAUAUAUCCUACUCUUAUCAAUAAUCUUGAGUAACACCAGAAAGCUCCAACUUAAUUAAAGCAUAAUAAUUUGAACAAUAUAUCAACUGACCUGCACACAAUGCAACAGCCCACAUCACAAAUUAAUCUCUUUUUGAAUCAUUAACUUGUAAACCAUAAAUAAAGUAUGAGAAAUUCUCCUAAGAUUAAGAAAUCUAAUCAUCAUAGUACACUAGAUUUCUAGUUUGGAAGUUCAAAUCACUAUAAAACCCAAAGGAAAAAUCAAAGCAUGGAUAUGAAGGAUACUAUGUACUUAUAAGAAAAUAUAGAAUCAGUUAAGAUUAUGGAUCAGAGAGCUGAACUUGAAACUGCGAAUGUUGCAGAUGGACAAAAACACAUUGUUGAAGGGUAUCUAGAGAACCUAGAAAAAAAUAAAAUGUUUGCAAAUUACUCAGCUACAGAACUAUUGUUUCAUUAUUUAGUCCAAAGAUCAGAAGAUCCAUUAGACAUGACUACUAAAAUUCUGAUCCCUGACACAGUUAUAUAUAAGUGCUCAUAGCCAUAUUUCUGGUAUUUCACAACUGCAUAAGGUACAAUAUUAAGAGAAAGCAAAAAGAAAAUUUCAUACAAAGCUGUUAAAGAUGAAUUUCUUGCUGGUAAAUAAGAUAAUGACAUAGUAGCAUCUCACUAUUCUUAUAGUUCAUCUAUUGAUAAGCAAGAUGUGGUAACCGUGGAACAUUUUAACGCGAAGGAUUUUAACAGAUUUUUGCUAAAACCCGAAAAGCCGAUGAAAUCCUUUCUCUAGAAAUUUAUUGCUCCAAAAAACGAUAAAAAUUCAACGAUUAAAGUAACCUGGACACCUUAGUUUUCCAUACUCGAGAAUAAAACCAACAUUAACAAAAUUAAUGAUCAAAAAGUCAAUCUAUACGAAAGAAUUGUAACUCAUGAGGGUCCAGAGCACUUAGCCAUCCAAGAUUCUAUAAAUAGCCCUACAUUAGCUAAUGAUAUUCUAAAAACCUGCAACUUUAUUGCUGAUCAUGUCAAAAAAGUAUCAAAAGGUGGAGAUAGAAAGAAAGUUAAAAGGAUGACACUUUAUUUUAAGAUUGAUUGUAUGGAGAGACUAUUUCUGAUGAAUAUCGGGUCAGGCCAGGCAACUAAUACUCUUGGUGGAGGUAUAAGCUCUAAAAAGAAUACUGAGGAAUGCAAUGAGAAAAAAGAACACGCUUAUUGCUCAAGAUGUCACAUUUUAUUUGUGCAAAACAGAUUGCUGAGCAUCCCUUAUAAAUACAUGCUUGAAUCAAUUGAUGUAAAUCAUCUGUCGUCUAAAAGAGAGAAAAGAUUCUUCUAUACUUCUAAUAUGGAUAAUACUCAAGCUAAAUCAGCACAGCAAUCUAGACCUGGUACUCAUGUUGGCAGAAGACUUCAAACUCCUAUUAUCAAUCUUAAGAAUACCUAAUCUAGAACAAAUCUAAACAUUGAUAUGUUCCCCAAAAUUGAAUUGGUAAAUUAUUUAAUAUUAACUCUAGCAUAGUAUGACAAAGUAACCUUCCCAUAAGUAAAAAAUGAGAAUUUAUAUAAAACCCUGACAAAGGAAAGAUUUUCUCUUAUGAAAUCGGAUCACACUUGGACAAAUAGUUAAAUCAAGGUUUGUGAAAAUUGCUAUCUUGAUCUAACUACCAAUCAAUUUCUCUAGGAGGAUAAAGUAGGCAAGCAGAAGGUUAAGGAUUUGUUCGAGAAUAUAUAAUCUCAAAAAGAUCUGAUGAAGAGUCCCUAGUAAAAUAUGCUACUCAGCAUGAGUUAAAUGAAAGGCCAUCAUCAAUAUGGCAAAAGUAAGAGUUCAGCAGAUCUUAACAAAAUAACUAAUCCCAAGCCAGCAAAUAUCAACAAGAUGCUAACUACUCUGAACAGAAAUAUGUGA